GGACCGUCCCGCCCCCUCUCAGUAAGCUAGUGUGCGGCUUUCACUGCCUGUGACACAGGAAUGUCCUUCCCGGUCGCCUUGGAUUCUCACGGGUCACAAAGUCAGCAGUCAUAAACUGGACCAGUCGGGAAACAAGGUGUGGAUGACGAGCUUAUCAGCAAGCCCUGAGCUGGCUGAUCUCAGACCAGAGAGGAGACCUCAUUCAGGGUGACUGUGAGGAGGCUUUGUGGAGUGGUGGCCUGAAGACAUUUCAAUAUCUGAGAUGUCUGUCAAACAACCUGACGGGAUGUCCAUCGCCCAGGCUUUGGCCAUGACUGUGGCUGAGAUACCUGUGUUCCUCUAUUCCACAUUUGGCCAGUCCAUAUUUUCCCAGCUGAAGCUCACCCCAAGUCUGAAGAAGGUGCUGUUCGCAACAGCCCUGGGCAGUGUCGCUCUGGCGCUCACAGCUCAUCAGCUGAAAAGGCGAGGGAGGAAACGUAAGCAGGUGACGCAGGGGAAGGAGGGCCAGAAGACUGUAGGGAUACCUGAAGCGCUGUUGAAGACAGGAAGGCCGUCAUCAUUGAAGAGAGGUCAGUUUACUGGCCGACAGAUGAUGAGUCCCAGCACACGGAGCAAUGACACCAUGAGCGGAAUUUCUUCCCUUGCCCCCAGUAAACACUCAAGCUCCUCACACAGCCUGGCAUCGAUGCGGGUUCCAAGCUCUCCAAACCAGUCAGUUAAUCCAUCCACCCCCUGGGAAGCAGAGCCUGUGGUGGAAGAGUCAGCGACAGUGGAGGACGCAAAUGCAGAGAAUCUCUACAUAAUGGGGAUGGAGCUGUUUGAAGAAGCGCUACAAAAGUGGGAGCAGGCCCUGAAUAUUCGACAUCACACUCACUCAACCUCCAGCAACAACAGCCUCGCUCUGCAGGGGGCAACAAGUGCAGACUUUCCUAUGGCUGAAGUUCGUAAUAAAGUGUUUGCAGAGAAGCUGGAGACAUUACUGCACAGGGCGUAUCAUCUACAAGAAGAUUUUGGCAGCAGUAUCCCAACAGACAGUGUGCUGGCAGACUUUGAGAGUGAAGGGACUCUUAUCCUGCCCACGGUGGAGAGUUUCCACAGAUUGCGGGAUGAUGAUGCAACUACGGUUACCUCUGAUGACUCUUUCUUCUCCGCUGCAGAGCUUUUUGAUGAAAUGUGUCUGGAAAACGUCUACCAGCCACUGAAGCCUGCAGCUCUCUAUGAAGAAGCCUUGUCUCUGGUUCGGGAGACUAAAGUGGCUUAUAGGUCUCUGAGGACUGAAUUACUUGAAUGUUUUGGUGACCAAGACUUCCUGGCCAAGCUUCACUGUGUCAGACAAGCAUUUCAGAUCCUGUUGUUAGAUGAAACUCACCGGACAUUUUUCAUGGAGACCGGGAAGCAAAUGAUUACAGGCUUAAUGGUGAAGGCAAACAAGAGUCCUAAAGCCUUCCUGGAGAGCUACGAGGACAUGCUGCUGUACACUCAGAGGGAGGAGACGUGGCCCAUCACCAAGAUGGAGCUGGAGGGCAGGGGGGUAGUUUGCAUGAACUUCUUUGACAUUGUGUUGGACUUCAUCCUGAUGGACGCAUUUGAAGACCUGGAGAGUCCGCCGUCCUCUGUGGUGGCCGUGCUGAGGAACCGCUGGCUGUCUGACAGCUUUAAAGAGACAGCUCUUGCUACAGCGUGCUGGUCGGUCCUAAAAGCAAAAAGGCGUCUUCUUAUGGUUCCCGACGGGUUUAUCUCCCACUUCUAUGCCAUAUCAGAACAUGUGAGCCCAGUUUUAGCUUUCGGGUUUUUGGGACCCAGGCAGCACUUAAGUGAAGUGUGCACAAUCUUCAAGCAACAAAUCGUCCAGUACCUUAAGGACAUGUUUGAUCACGACAAGGUCCGCUUCACCUCGGCCCAGAGUUUGGCUGAGGACAUCUUGAACCUUUCCCAUCGGCGGAGUGAGAUCUUACUGGGUUAUCUGGGCAUUGACAGCCUCAUGGAGCUCAACGGAGCGCUUCCCAGAGACACAGAAGGCUCUUCAGGAACCAGCAAAGAGGACUAUGAUGACUGAGGGCUUCGUCAGGCUCCUCCAGGCUGAAAACAGUGGGCUAACCAAGGAGGGAACGACAACUUUCAGCAUCAGCAUUAAGACUCCAUUAAGAGGAUUUUUUCAUCGGCAGCAUCACCGGUUCUUCAGCGAACACAGGAGACUGCUGGGUCUCUCUCAUCCACCUCUCACUUGUUAUCUGCUGCUGUUGCGUAUCAAAAAUGCCUACUGUAGUCAUGUGAUCUCAGAUCUGUGAGGAUUCGUCUCUGCCUUGUUUCGUGACGUGGACGCUUCAUAAAAACCGAAGCUGUGACACGUGAAGACUGGGCCUUCUACACUGUUAUUGCUCAACUUGGAUCAAGUCUUUUUGGAGAACAUGUGGUUUCAAUGUAACCUUCCUUUUAACUGACAUGUGGAAUUUGAUUGAACACCGUUGUUUUUGUUGAUAUGUGAACAGAAAUGAUAUAAGACUGCUGAUAUUGUGCAUCUUGAAGCUUUUAAUUAAAGGGGAAGGAUUUUUGUUAGCUAUGAUAAUUCCUGACAGACUCUCGCUGCAUGAUGAAGGACCUGAUGGAUUUGUCUCUUCACUCAUUGUUCCUUAAUCCUCUUUAAUCUGAAGGAAUAUUUGUCCUAAUCUGGUUCAGUCAAGAAUGCUAGGAUUCCAAAUAUCGCAAAAAAAGUAUUGAUUCUUAAAAAAGACACUGUAAAGUUGGCUAGAAUAUUUUUCAGCCAAAUUCAGUGAUCCCUCAGAACCAAAAUUGUAUUUAUUUAUCAUUUAUAGGUGGCAUGAAAGGAAACUUCAAACAUCUGUUCAUUUAAGCCUCACAUAGGAUUAUUGUUAUCUUACAACAAGAUAAAAAUCAGAACCUGCUCUCAGGAAGUAAGAAAGCUUGAAAUCAGUAUAUAGACAUGAGCAAUGCAGUGUUUGUUUUUUUUUGUUGUCUGAUUCUAAAAGUGUGUCUUAACUGCAUGUGACAAAAGUUAGUGACAAAUCAGUUUGAUUACAUCCAUUCCUAUCGUAUCUUAUCAUCUACGGGUGAAGGCAGACAAGGAACAAGGAAAGAGGGAGAUGACAAGGAACCAGGAGUGCCUGGCAGGAAUGUUGUCUUACUUUUCUUUCACUUUCCCCACACACUGAGCUUGUUAGCCUGUUUUUUAAAGAGGGAAAGUAAAACCAGACAAGACAGCCUGUCUGAAGACUUCAUCUCUCAGAGACGGUUCAUCUGAGACGCCGUCUAUUUCAGAACACAAUUGGUACACUUUAUUCAUCAACAAAGUGUGGCAGUUACAGUCAUGACAUAACUACAUUACAAACAUUACAGACCAAACAAUGUUUUAUAAAUAAUACAAAGGAAAUAUAGGUGUAAUCUGGGAUUAAAUUAUCUGGGACAAAUUUAAAGAACUAGUUACAGGAACUGUGGCUCGCUUAAGCAUUGUUAGCUUUAGCUACAGCUGACAUAGAUACGCUACAAGCCAAUGUAGAACAGUUAGCAUUUGCAACUUCAGUUUUAGCAAGACUACUGUAACUUAAGCUAACACAUGUAUGUAUCUGACAUUACUGCUUUGUGAGAUUAUUUUAGCUACGUUAGCAAUGUGGCUAUGUAAGCUAUGUUGUUCAUAUCUAUAGCUGAGUUGGCUUUAGCAAAUAAGGCUUAAGCUAUUGAGAUAUGUGGAGAACAUAGCUAUGUAGCUUACAUUACUGCUUUAUAAGCUUAGUUUUAGCUACUUUAGCUGUAUAGCUCUGUUAUCUAUGUAGCUAAUGCAGCAGCUUUGUACGCUUAGUUUUAGCUACUUUAGCCAUAUAGCUUCGUUAUCUAUGUAGCUAAUGCAGCAGCUUUGUGCGCUUAGUUUCAGCUACUUUAGCUGUGUAGCUCUGUUAUCUAUGUAGCUAACGCAGCUGCUUUGUAAGCUUAUUUUCAGCUACAUUAGCUGUGUAGCUCUUAUCUAUAUAGCUUAUGCAGCUAUGCAGAUUUCCAAAGGGGACAGUGUUUUUAAUGGAGCUUAUUUCCUGUCAAAAGACUCUGUACUUGACGUUAUUUAAUCUUUUGUUAUCAGGUUUUUCCAGUCAGCUUUUUAACUUUUGGUAUCCUAACUGUUACUUUGACCCUAACUCUAAAUUGAAGUUUAAUCUGUUUUUAUUCAGAAAUUUUUAGCAUGUAUUUCUGUUCUGAAAGAGACUGUCUCAGAUAAAGGUUCUGCAGCCAGACCCCUCUCAGACCAGACGGUUUACCAUUGUAUAGAGCUUGUCAACUUAAAAUUCCUUACUCCCCUUACCUUACCAUCAAAAUAAAAGGGGAAAACUAAAAGAUACGGGUAGAAAUUUAAAUAUUGCAACCUGAUAUCUGAUGCUCACAUGCUGUUAGGAUGCGGUGUAACCCUUUUUUAAAUGGGUUCAAUGCUUGAAUUCCUUUCAAAUAUUUCCAGCUUAAAGCUCCUGUGAGGAACUUUACAAUUGUUUUGAUUUUGGCGCCGCUCUUUAGACAAAGCAGCAGUUAAUCUCUUUAUAAACCUGCUGUGUAAAAAUGAAAAAUUUAAAGGUAAAUGCAGUGGAGUGAUGUUUAUUACUGUGCCUUGAUACCUACCCCAGAGCUGGUAUAACAGGCAUAAAUAAUUAUAUAAAAGUUAAUUUUCUGUUUCGAUGGUCUUGUUUGCUUUUGUAGCUUACAAAGGGACAUCAUUGUAAAUUUCAGUCUGUUUCAUAAUGACUUCCCCACAGGAGCUUUAAUGUUUUAGAAGUAGUAGCUUUAAUUAAACACAGGGUAAGCUUUAAUAGGAGAUCUUAUAACAUGGUUACACUCAGCAGAGAAAAUAAUCAAAUGCAUGUUAUAUUAAGAUACAAGUCUGCACUUUAAGGGUAAAAUUUGGCUCAAGAGUUUAAAAACAGGGCCUUCUUGUUAAAAAAAAGUGCUUAAUUGCUGCAUAAAACCAUUUUCCACUAUUCUUUUAAAGAAGUAGCUCACCAUAAAGGAGUAACCCACAUAUUAUUGAAGACAGUGAUGGUUUUGUUGUGUCCCAGUACGCAGUGAUGAAGACCAAGAGUGCACAGUACUAGUAGGCUGAAAUGGAAGCAGCUAAAUAGUAAACACAUCAUUUAUUCUAUCACUAUGCUGCUUUUCUUUUUUAACUUCUCUCAGUGUAAAAUCGUCUCCUCGGAUGUGUACAUGGCUGUGGAGACUUUUAAUAAAAGCAAUCAGUGCCAUUUACUAGACUUAGCAAGAUUUUUUUGUUUCAUGAGGCCCUAUAUUGAAGAACCUUUAAUGAAAUUGUACAGUUAGACUGACAUACAUUACAAGUGCACUGAUGAUGCGUUUGUUCCUUUCUUUCUUUGUGAAAUUAGAGAUAAUCUAAUACCGGUUUGUCCUUCCUGUUGUAGAUUUCGGAGUUUUGUCCUGAUACCACUCACCCUCAACGUGUAAAAAAAAAUCAAUAUCAGUAGAAAAACCUUGAUUGUUGACAUACUGCUAGCUUUAAUUUGCUAGCAUCACACUGAAACUUCUACUGUAUUAUAUGGGAGCUCAGUAGGGACACUGGUACUGUUAUUGUGACAACUUUUUGUGAAAUUCUGUCAUAGGCACAGAGACACAGAAGCGAUGUUAAGAUGCCUGGUCAGACUUGAGUUUUCCUCUAAUAUGGAUAGCACUAUAAAUGCAGAUUUAUGAUAUGCAAAUGGAUUUAUUUUUCAUGGGAAAUUAUUUAUUUUAAAAGGCACUAGAGUAACAGAAUGUAUGCUUGUUGCUGCCUGCAUGAAUGAAAAAAGGGAAGACAAUUCUGUCAGAUCAUUUUGGGUUUCUUAAAGCUCCUGAGGGGAAACCUUUGGUUUGGUUUUGGCGCUCCCUUUGGACAAAGAGUACCUCUUUCUCCUUGCAGCUCCUGUUAGUUUUUCUUCCAAAGAAAAACAUUUGGCUUUUUUAGCUGUCAAAUACCUCAUUCUCAGUUGCUACUAGGUUGUUUGACACCUACCCCCCCUUCAGCAGUUUCAGGCAUUACAAAUUGAUAUAUACAAACAAUCAGUCGUAUUGUAAAUGGUCCCUUUUGUUCUUUUUCUCAUGAAAAUUCACCAAAAUGAAUUUCAGCCUGUUUCAUAACGAGCUAAAAAAUCCUCACAGGAGCUUUAAGUUUUUAUUUUAGCCAUCCAUCACACAAUAAGAGGGCAUCUGCUCUUUUUUUUAUCCAAUCUCAUACAUUGUUUUUUUUCUGGUCUAGCAAGAAAAAGCAGGAUUUUGAUUUCAGCACCUCAGAAAAAUCAUUUAGCUUUUCCAAAUUUCAUUAUUAUACCACUGUCAUCUUUUUAGCCAUGCUUGUUGAAUUAUUCGUUUGUAUAUAUAGCUUUUUUCCAGAACAUGGAAGACUUCUUCUUUUUGACAUAUGUGCAGUUCUUGUGUUUUAAAGCAUUUUGCACUUUAUCAGAAAAGCAGGAAGAUACAGGAAUGUCCAUCAGCCCUCUUUGUGAAUAAUCAACCCUAAAGUUAGAUUAAAUUAUUUAUUGCAUCAUAUAACUGAGAAAUUAUAGGUAAGAUUAAACUGUACAGUAGAGAAACUAUCUUUUCCAGGAAAAAUAUAAUGUGUUAACUUCUCAUUCCGUCCAAAGCUUCAGUUUUCAUCUUUGAAAUGUUUAAUUUGUACUGCAUGUGGUCCAGUCCCAGGCCAAAUAAACAGAGUAUAUUUGCAGCAGUAUGCAUUGUGCAGGCUAAUGCAGUCCUGCCACUGGUUAGUUUUGUGUUCACUGCUUUUUCUGUCCCAGAGAGGAUGAAGUCCUCCAAAAGCCUUUGCAUGUGAAGUGUACUCUCCAAACACAUACGUUAAUGUAUCCCUGCAAUAUCUAGUCCCAGACUCAGCUCUAGUUGUGUUUAGCUCUGACAAUUUCAAUUAGAAAUAAGAUUAAGGAAAGAUCUAGGAACAUGUGAAAGUCAAGAACCUCUUAUUAGUUUAGAUUUAGUAGAGUGUAGGAUUCUCUGAUGGCCAAAUGUGGAAAGAAUGAUCGCUGUAUUGAAUUUUUCCUUUGCAAGUCUUUGCUGUAUGCUACAAGUGUCCUAACCAUGCCUUUUGUCUUUUUUAAUGUUAAAUGACAUGUCAGCACAAAUUGUAAAUUGGUUUUGAUUCUCCAUGUUAAAUGUUAUUUUUGUUAUUAAACAUGUUUAAUAUG